AUUCAGGAGGCAGGUGAAAGAAGAAAGCACACACAGAGGCCUGAGCCUUGAGAGACAGAGACAACUGGAACUGAAAUGAAUCUGAAGAACACUGUGAGCCUAGUGACAGGUGCAUCCCAAGGACUGGGGAAGGCCUUUGCAGAAGCUUUGUUGAAGAAGGGAGCAAAGGUGGUUAUAAGUGACAUCAACCAUGUGCAAGGGGCAAUUACGAAAGCGGAGUUUGAUCAGAAGUAUGGGACUAGUCAAACUACAUUUAUCUCCUGUGAUGUCACAUCCCAAUCCCAGUUGAAAGAUCUUUUUAGUAAAACACUGCAGAAAUUUGGAAAACUAGAUAUACUGUGCAAUAAUGCUGGAAUAAAUAAUGAAAACUCCUGGGAAGAGACUAUUUCUGUCAAUCUGGUGGCGUUGGUACAAGCAAAUUAUCUGGCUUUGGAACACAUGAGGUGCGAUCAUGGAGGGAAGGGUGGUAGCAUCGUGAAUGUGGCCUCCAUGUCAAGUUUCUUACCAGCUGCCCAUGCUCCAGUGUACACAGCCUCAAAGCACGGGGUGCUGGGUUUCACAAGAUCACUCGCUGAAGCUUCAAGACUUGGAAAUUACGGGAUUCGUAUAAACGCCCUGUGCCCAGGUUUUGUCAACACACCUAUUCUUGACACCAUAAACCAUGAAGAAACACUUGGAAUGUUUUAUCAGUUUAAGGACACGGUCAAGCAUUUGAUGGAUGUCUUUGGGAUACUGGAACCAUCGAUCAUAGCUGAUGGCUUUAUACAACUGGUUGAAGAUGACAGCUUAAACGGAGCAGCAAUGAAAAUUACCAAGUCCAAGGGCAUUCACUUUGAGAACUAUUAGAAUUCUGAACAGCAAGAAAACCUUGAGCUAAUUUACCCGUUGGCGGUAUCUGCCUGUUCGCAAAGUUUCCUUCACAGAUUCCAAAUUCACAUUCCUCACUAUUGCAGCCAAGUACAUUCAAAAUGGAGAAACCUGAUAUCCACGCAAUUUGUCUGCUCCAGGCUAAAUCAACCAAGCAUGAAAGAUAUUAUAAUUUUAUUUUUCUGUAAAGAAAGAAUUACCUCUAAAUUGUUGUACUUAGGACAUCUUACAUUAUUUCUAGGCCAGUGAAAUACUGUUGUGGCAUAGUACAGAUAAUAUAUACAUAGCAACAAAUCAGAAAAUGGUGAAAAUACUCAACAGGUCAGUCAGCAUCUAAUAUUUCAGGUUGCUUAAUCUAUAAUUUCCUUUGAAUUGUUCAAGGCUUCCUAUUCUGUUGCUGUGCCAAAGAUAUUUAUUGCUUUAUAAAAACAAUACCCAAAGAUAUUUCAAGCUGUAUUACUUGAUUAGACCGCCAUGCAAUAUUGCAGCUCUGACACAGUCUUCGAUCUGAAAUGUUAGCUCUGUUUCUCAUUCGACAGAUGCUGCCUGAUCUGCUGACCAGCAAUUUCUCUUUUUUGUUUCAGAUCUCCAGCAUCUGCAGCUUCUUUUUAUUUUUCAGACUGAAUGUACUCCCCGAGCCUAGAGAGUUCUAAAUUCUACAGGCUUUCAAUGUAGGAUUAGUCCCUGCAUGAAGGUGCCUUCAAUAUGUACUUAGAAAGAAUUGUCACAUACUUCCUGUUCCUGGUGUAUGUUAGUAUAUGUUGUGUUACAAUAUACGUACGUUCACUUAGUGUAUGCUUGGGAUACCAAUGUACAUUCGCCUCGUUAAUCUGGAGAACCUCAGUUUAUCUUGGGUAACAGUGGGCAUCUACUCCCUGUAACACCUAGAAAUUAGUACAGCCACUGCUUCACAAUGCCAGUGACCCGGGUUCAAUCCUGACCGUAGGUACUGUCCGUGUGGAGUUUGCACGUUCUUCCUCUGACAAGUUUCCUCCUCCAUCCCAAAGACAUGAGAUUUGAAGGUUAAUUGACCACUGUAAGUUGCCCUGGUGUUGUAGGUGAGUGGUAGAAUCUGGUGGGAGAUGAUGAGAAUGUGGGAUUAAUGUAGGAUUAGUUUAAAUGGGUGGUUGAUUGUCAGUGCAGACUCGAUGGGAAGAAGGGCCUGUUUCUAUGCUGUAUCUCUCUAUGACUCUCUGACUAUGACUCUAUAUGCUUGUUGUAUAGGAAACCUCUCAGUAUAUAUUUAGUAACAAUAUCCACUCAUUCCUAACUACAGAGGCUCCAGAGAUAACCAUUAAGUAAUCGUCAUGUCACUGAAAACUUUCAUUUGAAUGUGUGGGAUUAUGUAAUUGUAUACUCUCAAUAUGUACUCUGAAUUCAAAGACAAAAUUGUUUUAACAUCUUGUUCUAAAAUUAUUAAAAACAUACAACCUCCGAUAUCUAU